UUCAAGUCGUGAAUAUUUUUUAAGAACAGAUCGAUUCGCUGUUUUAAUUCUGCUUUGUUUGAAGUUCUCCUCAUGAGAGCUGAAGAUGCAAGACUAUAUUUCUGAUCUGAAAUUCAGACUUUUAUAGCCGUAUCCCUCCCACCAGGAACACAGAAUCCUUGAAAAACUUCUAGAAGCUACCGAAAUGAUGUGUCUUCGAUUGUGUGGGUAACAUCAGAUGUGUACGGUUCGGUUUCUUUCUUACUCCUCGUUGAUAUGACGACACUCGAUCCAAUCGGCUUCGCGUUCAUCGUCAUCUAGUUCGAUGUCCGAUAAUAUUGCAAUCACGUCGUUUUGCCAUUUUUGAAAAGUCAGGAUUACCGUUUUGUCCUGAAAAUAUAUCCUGUGUAGUCUGUGCGGUUGCACACCAGUUCUCCGGACCCGCUUAGCGAGCCACCGAAGAUCUUGUAGCGAAAACUCUGACGUCCCGUUGCUAAAUCCGAUAAUUAUUUCUUCGCCGGUAAAUUCAUUAUUACGUAUCAUUACAAUUUUAACCCUUAGUAGUCACACCUCCAAAUUGUGACGUAUAAGUCAUUGGGGGUGUAAUCCACCCCACUCACUUUGGAGAGUGAGAAAUAAUUGAUAAAUUAAAAAAAAAAAAAUUCUGCAAUGUAUUUUCAAUCCUUGUGUGUAAGACUAUGCCAAAUAUUUUCAAGUCGUGUAAUUAUUAAUAUAAAAAAAAAAAUGUUGAAAAAAAUCUUUUUGGACAAAAAAUCAUGCAGAGAUUUGAAUUUUCAAUAAAAAAAAAAAAAAAAUCGUUUCAUUAACCUGAAAUAGCAUACUUUCAAGUGGGAAUGAUGAAAUUAGCGACCGUUCCAAAAACCAUAUUUAUUUGGACAUCUGAAGUGCGGGUUUGGUAACAAAUAAUGAUACGCCAAUGUUGUUUUCAUGAGCGAUGUUUUAUUGUGAAAAAGGCUUAAUAAAAAUAUGGAAAAAUAUAAAUACCCGAUUAAACAUUCAUUCACACAUAAAUUUCAUUCACACUCCUUGGCCCGUGUUGUUCUCCCCUAGUCUGGUUCGAUUGGUCGGCUCACCACAGAUAAAUUAACAUUAAUUUCGUUGGAGCUUACAAGACGUUCCGAAGAGCGGACACGACAACUUGGUCGACGGACCGUUGAUAUGGAUAUGAGUUUGAAGAAAUGAUGUAUACUCUUGUAAUAUUGACUUUGGUUGUCUACGGUAUUUUAUUCCAUGUCUACGAAGCUCCCUUUUGGUAGUGAAAUAUGUACGGGUUUCUGUAAUAUCUAAAUAAUAUUAAUACAUAAGAAUGAGACAUAGCACGAGCGGUACGAGUGACAAAUUAAUCCAAUUGUCAGCAGCGCUGCAUCAUAUUUCCUGGAAUUCUUUCAUGUAAGUAAACAUGUUUAUUCCUUGAGGUCACCUACAAUUGGUUUGCGGCCACGUUACGCACAUAAACUGAGUGUUCAUUGGCUUGCCAAAAUUAGGAACAACAUAACACUGAUGGUUCGAAACGGCCAGUUACUUUGUAGCAUUCCAACGUACACAACGUGUCCACGACGCAAAGCCGUGCAACGAAUAAAAUGAAUGUUCGCUCUUCGUCAAACAUGGAGUUGAUCCACCAGCAUCGUGUCGAUUCGGAAAAGAUUGUGGCGAACGCUGAACCGAAAACCCUAAUGAGCCAUGACUCUGACGCUCGGCCUAUCACAUGUACAUCGCUGGGCCCUGCUGGCACUCGUCGGGCAAAGUAUGAAUCUGGACGGAGCCCGGUAAAGGCGCAAUCUCCUGCGACUCCGUAUCAACUGGAUCAUAUGAUCGCCUACCUCGAACGGAAUCCUCACAUUGCCCUGAGGAAAUUUCGAACGCCGGGCAGUUCGCACGAUCCCUCAGCUUCGUGGGAGCAGUUGGCAGAAGAAUUGAACGCGUUGUGGAAAAACGGUGCACCCAAAGAUACCAAGAAAUGGAAAAACGUGUGGUACGACCAGAGGAACGCAGCGGUGCGUAAAAUAAAGAAUAUCCAUCAAGUUGGAACUUCCAAUGAGAGGUCUCAUUUGCGUCUUCAGAAAUUGAACGUUCGGGAGAAAAGAAUUUUAGCUCUCUUGAAAUAUAGCGACGAUCACGACGUCAGGAAAGAAAUUCUACAUACCGCAGAGGAAGAGUUGGUAAAUGCACUCCCGGAGAGCGGGCUUCAAAAGGAUUUAAAAAAAGGACCAAAAGACGGAAGUAUUCCCUCGGGGAUGCAGAGCACCAGAAGCGACAUCGAGAACAAUUAUACUGAUCAGGAGUUGCUCGAAAUUCUGGAAGGGUUCGAGAACACCGAGUUGGGUAGCAUCAUGCUGAACGAAUGGCCGACAGCGGGGCUAGUGCCACUUUCACCAUUGGAAGUUGAAGCUAAUCUACCUGAUACCCGUAAAUCUCCGAGCAAACGAGAACCAUCAUUUGCCCCGGCUCCGGAAGUUACAGAACUUGCCUCAAAUCCUGUUCCUCCAACGGACCAGGAUUCGUCGUUUGCAGCUCUGGAAGUUACGGAACCUGUCCGGAAACUUCUUCUCCUUCGUACGAGAAGUUCAUCUUCCGCAGCGAUAGGAGGUACAGGCCCUGCCUCGAAACUUAGUUUUCAAACGACAGGAAAUUCAUUGGAUGCAGCGUUGGACGCCAUGGAAGAAAACGAAAGAGUUACGGAACCCGUGGCCCUGAAACCUCUUUCUCUAAAAGUACAAAAUUCACAGUAUGAACCUGUGGAACAUUCUGACUCAACCCCAGAACCACUUCCUCCAAAGGAAAGAAAUCCAUUGCCUGCACCUACGGUAAUAGGAGCAGGCACUUCUUCAGAACGCUCUCAAUCUCUGCAUCAAGAAGAAUCAUCGUGUACAGCGGCUGUGAAUGAAGCAGCUGCUGUAGCUAAACCGGGUUGUCCUUUGAGCUCUCAAGAAUCGACUACUGCUGUUCAAAAGUCACCAGAACCGGAGCCAUCAAGCUCGAGACAAAAGUUGCAUCAACAACCGUGCUACGGUCGUCCGAGAAAGAUUCAGAAAGUCGCAAAGAAUCGUAAGAUUUUUCACAGCCCCUCCCCUCCCCCCCUAUAUUACGUAAUUUUUAUUAAAAAGAAAAUAUCGCACGUUUUUCGAUUGUUAUUUAUAUGUUUAUUUAAAUAUAAAUAUAAAUAAAAAAUACAACAUAAUAUUAAUCAAUCAGUUGACCACGAAUUUUUUAGCCAUUCUUCCAUUGAUUCAAUUACUGGCAUAAAUGAAUCUGUUUUGCAAGUAUCAUUUCGGCGAUCAACGCAAUUUUGCACGUCCUCUAUUCCAAUCUCACUUUCUGAACACCAAUCAGAAUGCUUGCAACCUGUAUUUUCUUCAAAUAUAGCAUCUAAAUCGUAUUCCUUAAAAUGUUUUAUCGCAGAUGCGAUUACUUUUGGACUUUUUAGAAGAUCCGUGCCCGAAACAUUACACCCUCUUGGUGGACGUAUGAGGAAAAAAUAAGAUGCUAAGCGAUAUACUUGGGCAAACAUUUUUGGAUCGGGAUGAUCAUUUCCUCCACAAGAAUAU